UGACCCUGUGGUAUGAAAAUCUGUCAGGUUUACGGCAACAGUCCAUCGCUGUGAAAUUCUUGGCUGUUUUUGGAGUUUCGAUAGGGCUUCCCUUCCUCGCCAUCGCAUACUGGAUUGCCCCCUGCAGCAAGCUAGGCCAGACUCUCAGAAGCCCAUUCAUGAAGUUUGUGGCCCACGCAGUUUCUUUUACCAUCUUCCUGGGCCUCUUGGUGCUGAACGCAUCCGACCGAUUUGAAGGCGUCAAAAACCUGCCCAACGAGACUAUCACCGACUACCCCAAGCAGAUCUUUCGUGUAAAAACUACCCAGUUCUCAUGGACCGAGAUGCUCAUCAUGAAGUGGGUUUUAGGCAUGAUCUGGUCUGAAUGCAAAGAGAUCUGGGAGGAAGGACCUCGGGAAUACGUCAUGCACCUGUGGAACCUUCUCGAUUUUGGGAUGCUCUCGAUCUUUGUGGCUUCAUUCACCGCUCGCUUCAUGGCUUUUCUCAAAGCAAGCGAAGCCCAGCUGUAUGUUGAUCAACACGUCCACGGAGAUAACCUCAAUAACGCCUCACUGCCCCCAGAAGUGGCUUAUUUCACCUACGCCAGGAACAAGUGGUUACCCUCUGACCCUCAAAUCAUAUCAGAAGGACUAUAUGCCAUAGCUGUGGUACUCAGCUUCUCCCGCAUUGCUUACAUUCUUCCAGCCAACGAGAGCUUUGGACCUCUGCAAAUUUCUUUGGGAAGAACGGUGAAAGAUAUCUUCAAGUUCAUGGUCAUUUUUAUCAUGGUGUUUGUUGCCUUCAUGAUUGGGAUGUUCAACUUGUAUUCCUACUACCUUGGUGCAAAAUACAACCCGGCAUUCACAACGGUAGAAGAGAGCUUUAAAACCUUAUUCUGGUCAAUAUUUGGCUUGUCUGAAGUGAUAUCAGUGGUGCUGAAGUAUGAUCACAAGUUCAUUGAGAAUAUCGGCUACGUCCUCUACGGUGUUUAUAACGUUACCAUGGUGGUUGUGCUUCUCAAUAUGUUAAUAGCCAUGAUCAACAACUCCUACCAGGAAAUUGAGGAGGACGCAGACGUGGAAUGGAAGUUUGCACGAGCCAAGCUCUGGUUAUCCUAUUUUGAUGAAGGAAGGACGCUCCCGGCUCCUUUCAAUCUAGUGCCAAGUCCCAAGUCAUUUUAUUAUCUCAUAAUGAGAAUCAAAAUGUGCCUCAUACAACUCUGCAAAUCCAAGGCCAAAAGCUGUGAAAAUGACCUGGAAAUGGGCAUGCUGAACUCCAAAUUUAGGAAGUCUCGUUAUCAAGCCAGUGCCCGAAAUUCCGAAAACUUUACUGCGAAAAACACGUUCAGCAAGCCCUCACGAUAUCAGAAAAUCAUGAAGCGGCUUAUCAAAAGAUACGUCCUGAAGGCCCAGGUGGAUAGAGAAAAUGAUGAAGUCAAUGAAGGGGAGCUGAAGGAGAUCAAGCAGGAUAUCUCCAGUCUCCGCUACGAGCUUCUGGAGGAAAAGUCCCAAGCGACUGGGGAGUUGGCCGACUUGAUCCAGCAGCUCAGCGACAGAUUUGGGAAAAACCUGAACAGAGAGCACUUUGUGAUGAAUAAGACCAAGGACGACUGACUGGGCCGAUGGCCCUGGCCGCUU